CUUUGUUCCUCCACUCAGAAUCUCUCCCCCCUCUCACUUUCUACUCCGCAGUGUCUCUCUCCCUCUCUUUCUCUAUACUCUCCUUUACUUCCAUUACAGUAUUACACCGGUCUGGAUGAUUGCAGAGACAGCAACAUGGCUGUGAAUCUCGGCAAGAACAGACUGGCCCUUCUAACAGCCUACCAGGAUGUUAUCAACGAGACCUCGUCCACUGACUGGGCCUUGUUCUCAUAUGAGGGCAACAGCAAUGAUUUGACUCUGGCAUCAUCAGGAGCUGGAGGUCUACCAGAGAUCACAGUGACCUUUGAUAAUGGCCGGGUCAUGUACGGCUUCUGCAGCCUGAAGGAGCCCACAGCCGCACUGCCACGCUACGUCCUCAUCAACUGGGUUGGUGAGGAUGUGCCUGAUGCCAGGAAGUGUCAGUGUGCCAGCCAUGUGGCUAACAUAGCAGAGUUUUUCCAGGUCAGUCUCACUGAGGGAGUCAACGUCAUCAUCAACGCCAGCACCAUGGAGGACAUCGAACCAUCUGCCAUUGGACAGAGACUGACAAAUGGGAUGGCUUCGGUAGCCAGCCCCGUCCUCAGCCGGCUGAGAACCAGAGAGGAGGAGAAUGGAGAGGAUGGAGUGGUAAGAGAGAGGGGGCAGAUGGGGGAGGGGUGGAAGAGAUGGAGGGGGUGUGAGGUGGAGGGGGAGAGAUGGAGAGAGGGGAUUGGAAGGAGUAGAGAGAUGGAACCAGAGAAGGGAUACAAUGACGGAGAGGGAGGUGGAGGGAUAGAGAGAUGCCUUGAGAGAGAGGUUAUAGGGACAGCGAGAUGGAGCCUGGCAGGAGAGGAGGGGGUGUUACGACAUAGGGCAAAACAAAGGAGAGAGAGACGACAGAGGGAGAGAGAGACAGAGAUAAAGGGAGAGGACAAGAGAGGGGGAGAGAGAGAGCGUUGGAGAGGCCCUCUGAGAACAGCAGAACCUAGCUAUGAGGACCUGGAGAAGGAGAAGGAGUCUGAAGUGGAGGAGGCGAAAGCCCUCAUUGCCCAGCGGGCGGACAACCCCAGGGAGUUCUUUAAGCAGAAGGAGAAGGCUGUGGCUACUGGUUUGGACAUCUCCCCUGUCUCUAGCCACAGGACCGGCCGUUUGGACAGCCCGUUACCAGGCCGUUUGGACAGCCCGUUUUUGAAGCAGCAGCACAGUCCCAGCGAGCCCAGUCCGCCCCCCCUCCGCACCCCACCUCACGUGAGGCUGCAGUCUACUGCACCCGAUGGCGAUGAUGAAGGGAGCUUAGAUCACAGUAUGGGAACGUCGUCAACGCCAAUCCCCAAAAUAGUCACCACACCCAUCCAGGAGGCGGAGGAUGACAGCCGGAAUGAGUGGGAUGGCGAUGAUGAAGGGAGCUUAGAUCACAGUAUGGGAACGUCCUCAACGCCAAUCCCCAAAAUAGUCACCACACCCAUCCAGGAGGCGGAGGAUGACAGCCGGAAUGAGUGGGGUGAGCCCAAGCAACAGCCAUGCUCGGUCCAGGACUCCACCCCCACCAAGCCCAUUCAGAGCGUGGCACCCCAGACACGCACAGACUCCAAACCCCCAUCUUCAACCCCGGACGACUAUGACCCCUUCUCAGGCUUCAGGCCUCUGCCUGCCCCCACCACCGUAGACCCCCUGGUGGAGCUAUGGGACAGCAGCCCUGCCACCGGCAUCGCCCCCUCUCAGGCCCCACACCCUGGAGGACAAGCCCAGCCCCUGCUGAGCUUUGACGAGAUGGGGGAUGUACCAUUCUGCCCGGGGGGUCCCGAGGGGGUAGAGGAAGAGCCCUCCAGCCUAGUGGAUGUGGCCGGGACCCACGAUAUGACCCUGAGCUACCAGCAAGCACUGCAGCACGCUUCAGAUGAUACCCAGCUGAUGACCAACGGGGAGACCCUGCUCAAAGAAGGGACUCAGGCGAACAAGGGUUACUUCAGCCAAUCGCAGGAGGAGGAGAAAUGCACUGCUAAAAUGACCCCAACGUCAGUGUUUUAUAACAAGCCACCAGAGAUCGACAUCACAUGCUGGGACACAGACCCUGUAAUGGAAGACAGCGACUAGACCGUGGCGAAGUCGUCGGGCCCGGCGGUGUGAAGCAGAAACACAUGCUGGGACACAGACCCUGUAAUGGAAGACAGCGACUAGACCAUGGCGAAGUCGUCGGGCCCGGCGGUGUGAAGCAGAAACAACGCAUCAUCAACAACGAAACAGACUUUUUUUUAAAGUAGUAACAACAACAAGUCUUGCAUUAAAAAAAAUUGUAAAAUGUUCUAGAAGGGGGAAAAAAAACUGAUGUUAGCCACAGAAAAGGUUUUUGAGUUAUUGUUAAAGAUGCUAAUGGGUUAAUAAGGAGCUCUUGGUUUUGUGUUUUUUUUUCUUUGAUUUCUCCUUUUUUUUCCUAUGCGGAGUAAAUAGUGGGGAGUGGGGAAUACUUUCUUGAGAAUGUAUGUGUCUUCUACAGCAGACUAAACACCCUGUACCAGACAGGUAGCCCAUUAGAAUGUAUAGCAACCCUCCCCCUAAAAUGUGGUGCCUGGUGGGAAGAAGGGAGAGUGGGAUCGGAGAGGAGUGGUGCCUGAUGGGAAGGAGGGAGAGUGGGAUCAGAGAGGAGUGGUGCCUAGUGUAAUCCUGUAGUCUUUGAUGUUUCAGUUUGUGGGGGGGGCAGAUGAAGGCGUGGCGGACAUCAGACUACAGGCUGGGAUAGCAGUACCGUUGUACUACCCCAUAAUAAGACCCUGAUACACACAAGGGAGGUAUAACGAAAUACUUGUUUUGUGCUGUACAAGUCACUUUGAAACGGAAUAUCUAUUGUAGUUUGUUAUCGUUGUGUUGGUUGGCAUCUCUCCCAGCAGAAAGUCUGACAUGGGGAAAACAAGUAUGAUUUUUCUACCAAUUAGAAGUGUUCUAUAAAUUGACAUUCAGGAUCUUUGAAUCAUGGCAAUAGCGGUAGUCUCUUGUUUUGUCUUCAGUGUUAACUAGGCAAUGACUGUAUCUAGAGCACUCAGAUGGGAAUGAGGACGUUCGUCACACAUUGUGGCACUAUGAACGGAACAGUGUGUCUUGUGCUAAGGUGGUUCUAGAGCUGCGACAGUAGUCUCUGCUUUGUAACACUACACCUUCUUUGCAGUAGAUGACACAAAUGCACCCUUUUGCUUUCCAUGUGUAUUUAUUUUCCUUGUCCGUCUUUUAAAAUGAUGUCGUUCACAUGCACGUCCCUAGAUGGCCUCAGCACCGUUUUGUGUACUAUUGUAAUUCUACUGUUGGACUAACUCUGUGUUAUUUUUACACAGAUCUCAUUCUCUCACCCAGUUAUCUUGGUUCUGAUUUCACUGUUAACAAUCUAAAUGAGAACCAUUCCGGUGGAUUAGUUUUGCCAGGAGCCCUUCUAAAUGCUUUUGAUCAUCAAGCCUAGUUUUAAACGGUAUUAUUGCUCUAAUGUUUAGAAACAGGUUUGAGCUUCUUUAUGUAACCCUCUCCACAUGGCUUAUAGACCAGUCUUCCUUUAUUUGAUCUACAGGAGGUUUCAUAUCAUUACUGUUCAAGGUUAUAGUUUCAUUCCUGAGAUGCCACUCCUUAGAUCUGAUUCUAUAUCAAUCCAGGCAUUCUUACCCAUAGAUAUAGAACAGUUCUAUAGCAGGUAUAUGUUGUUAUAGCUAUGUGCUCUUACCACAGAAUUCUGAGUGGGAACCAACAAGCAAUAAGAAAAUAAACCAAUCUAGUAUUUUGUCCUGUAAAUAGCGUUUGUUUUUUAGAAAUACACAACUACAACUAAUGAACGUCUCACAUUUUGUCAUUGUGGCCCUUAUGAUUAUGGCACUUUGAAUUUAGGCUUGUUAUGGGAUUGAAUGAGAUGUUUAAAUAAAGUUUCUUUGAAGCGAAAUAUGAAAUGUGAUUCCAUAUCCCUACCAGCCUUUUUCUGUAUAUGAGAAUCAAAUAAUGCUUAGUAAGAGCCGACCAACCCGCAUCUUUAGCAGUAACUGACACCCUUUCUACAUGAUUUCAAUAUAUACUUCUUCACCCUGAUAACCUCCUGGGUAGUAAUUAUUAUUCUCUCCCGAUCACACUACUAGGAGACUACUACUACUAUACUACUACUCUACUACUACCCCUCUUUGCCCCAAAGCAAGGCUUAGCUGUUCCUUGUCUUAUCUCUCUCUUUUCAUUAAAAACAUAUUUUAUUUAUCUUCCCUCUUUUCCAUCCGCUUCUCACACGCUCUGUUUUUUAAAUAAGCACAAGAUCUUUUGUGACAUGCUAAGUGCUGAUGUAUGUUAAUAAAAGACUUAAAAACCUCCAAA